CUCGUCGGCCUGCCCCCAGCCACGGCUGCCCAGCCCCUCCGGCGGCGACGGGAGGGCGCGGGCCCUCGGCCUCCCCCUGCCCGGCGGGGGCGCGCGGCGCCGGGAGCUGACCGUGGUGCUGAGCGCAGGGCUCGAGCUUGGGCGCGGCUCCCGGCCCUGCCAAGGCCUGCGACACUCCGGGCCCGAGCGCAGAGGGCCACUGCAGCAUGGAGCUGAAGAGAGGAAAGACCUUCAUCAAAUCCAGCCUGCAGAUUUCCCACGAGAAGCCCCCAGACCCAGCAGCUACUGCCCCGGCCAGGGAGGAGGCAGGGCCCUGGUCAGUCUCACCAGGUGGGGCGCAGCGGCCCCACAGCGAGCAGGGCCCCCAGGUCAGCCCCAGCACCCAAGGAUACGACAGAUGCUCCGACAAGGGGACACAGCCAGAUGCCGGUGCGGGGGCCACGGCUCUCUGUGGGGCCACCUUCAAACUGGUGCGGAAGAGCAAGACGCAGGAGAGUGUGCCCGGGGCUGGCAGGGCAGCCGCAGCUGCUGGGCAGCUGGUGGGCAGCGCGAGCUUCCCAGGGCCCGCCAGCAGCCAGCGCAUGAUUGACUACCGCCACUUUGUGCCCCAGAUGCCCUUUGUGCCCGCCGUGGCCAAGAGCAUCCCAAGAAAGAGGAUUUCCCUGAAACGACCCAAGAAAUGCUUUCGGAACCUAUUCCACAUUCGCAGAAACAAAACUGAGAACUUGGCCUCGCUGGCAACCAAGGGGAAGAGCCUGUCCUCCCCUGAGAGCCCAUCAGAAGAUGGAGGGCAGCGAGGCAAAGCCUCCUUCCCCUUGGGCGAGGGGCUGGGGCCGGACGGCCUGUGCCAGGACCUGUCUGACAGUGAGUUCCUGCCCGAGUCCUCCUUGGACCUCUGCAGGGCCCUGUGUGAGGACGUGGCCUCACUUAAGAGCUUUGACUCACUCACUGGGUGCGGGGAGAUCUUUGCAGAUGAGAGCUCAGUGCCAUCCCUGGAGUUGAAUGAGGGUCUAGGGAGCCCAGCCCGGGCACCGCAGGCCCCCGAGAGCAGGGCUCCCAGGGGCCCCUGCCAGGGCAGCGUGGAGCAGCUGGCGUCGCCGGCCCAGAACGAGAUGGCCGACCUCGCCAGGUUCUGGGACCGCGUGAAUCAUUCGGUGCGGCAGCAGCAACGCGCCCUGCUAGGCCCCCGGGGGGCUCCCACAGACCAGCCCAGGCCCGAUGCGGCCGGGCUCGCCGAGCUGCCCCUGCGCCCAUGCAGGGACACCCUCAGCGACUCCAAAGCCAGCCCCGUAGACACAGGCACCCCCAGGAGCGAGCGGCCGGGAUCAGCGUCCACGAGCGAUGAGGGCUACUACGACUCCUUCUCAGCGGGCCUGGAGGAGGACAGGAAGGAGGCCCCCAGCCCGGGCGCGCCCGCCGCCGCCUUCCCCCGGGACAGCUGCAGCGGCGACGCCCUCUACGAGCUCUUCUACGACCCCGCCGCGGGCCCGGCGGGCCCGAGCCCGGAUGACGACCUGUGCGUGUCCGAGAGUCUGUCGGGGCCGGCACUGGGAGCCCCCCUGUCCAUGUGCAGCUUCCACGUGGGGGCGGAGGAGAAUCUGGCCCUGGCCCCGGGCCCCGACCUGCUCAGCCAGAGCUUCUUGCAGAGCUCCUGGAGGGGCAAGGAGUGCUUGCUGAAGCUCUGCGACACCGAGCUGGCCAUCACCAUGGGCAUCAUCAACUGGCUCCGCCGGGGUCCGGAGCUCCGCGCCUCCCCUGCCUCGGCCCCCGGGGAGCCAGCGCAGACACCUGCAGCCGCCCCUGAGAAGGGGGGCCUAGGCCCAGUGAAGCUGGAGGGCAGAGGGCCCCGGGCCUUAGAUGCAGGGAGGACCACCGUGAGCUCAGCCCCGAGCACGCGGGAGCUGUGGGCGUGUUCGGGUCCCGAGGGCCCGCUUGGAGUGAGCGAGGUCUUAGCGGGGGCCGAGCAGGGGCCCAGCUCUCCAUCCAGGGACCCCUCUCUGGAGUGCGUGUGGAUCUCUGGGGGAGAAGGGACACAAGGCUGCCCUGAAGGCUCAUUCUCCUCGGUGGAGUCAGCAGCCUCCGUGACAACAAGCAUCUCCAGCAGAAGCAAGGUCCCAGACCCCUCUGCCUGGCCCAGCUCCCAGGAGCCCAGGCCGCCUGGGAACCUGGGGUGUUUCCAAGGCCCCUGGAGGCCAGGUCCUGGGGGAAACUCUCUGGAUUCAGAGCUCACCCUGACGGGCUAUGUGGCCCAGAUGGCAGCCCUGCAGAUCCACCCAGACUGCCAACCCCCUGCUGCUCAGCCCCUGAGGCAGAACACAGGCAGCGGGCUCUGUGGGCAGACUCAGGCCAGCGGCCCUGACAUUCUGCAACAGGAACAUCCUAACAGCUUCCCCAGUGUGGCCGCCAUCUGUGGCCUGCCCUCCGUGGCUGGCCCACUGGACCAGAGGUGCCCAGCCCGCAUCCUGGACCUGAGCCAGCUCAAGGCGGAGCCUGCCAGGCUGGAUGCCCAGGCCCGGGCCUCUGCGGAGGACCAGCCCCUGCAGGCUGCACACAGGGGCCAGCUGGACUCUUAGCCCCGCCUCGGCCCUGCUGCUGGCUGAGACUCUGGGAUCACCUGUCAGGAGUUCUGGCCCUCACUUUCACAGCCAGCAGGAGGGGUCUCCCUCUGCAAGUGCCCCAGAAAGCCUCUGCAGCUUCCUGGCCCUGAUGCCUGAUGGCCUCCUCUGCAACCAACUGGAAGUGGGGGCCCCUGGGCCAGCACUGCUGAGCCCCACCUUUACAACAGGCUUGUGUCUUUGUGGCCACAUUCAGGAGAGCCUAAGACCCAAAUCUCCACCCUCUGCCCCUGAUGUGAGGACUGUGCUAGGGGGAGGGCAGUGGCAGGACUGAGGCAAGCGGGGCAGGGCAUUUUCAUACGGAGGUAUCCAGGCUUGAACGGUCCAGCUCAGCCAGCCUGAACAGAUGCGGGGCAGCCCAAGGCCAAGGACAGCUGCCAAACUGCCAGUGCUCUCAAAAAUGUGCCUCACUGACUUCCCCAGGGAAAAGUGAAGGCUCGAAACCCAGUGUGAAGUGGGCACACCUGGCUGCAACUCACACAGCAUGUCAGAGAGGAGCUCAGGCUUGAAACUGAAGGAAAUAGUACAUAAUUUGAAGAUAAGUCUGCCCAGGGGUUGAAAGUAAUCAAUGUGAGUUGGGGGUUUGGGGCUCAGGGGUGGGAGCUUGAGUGCAGGAUGUGGGGGUGGGGGUCUUGCAGAUGAGCUCAGGAGUGCCUGCUGGUUCUGCCUUGGCCUGUUUCCCAUCCCCAGGAAGAGCAGCCACAACCUCUGGGGCCCUGAAGGGCUUCUCUGAGGGAACCAGAAGCAAGACCAGCCAUCUCGGCAGGAACCUUGAACCAGCAGACGCCACGCAUUCCUGUGCAGCCCCGGCAGGGCUGGCCGGACACUGCAGACCCUGGCUGAUGGGCGCUGGUGGACUCCCUGUCCCAAAGCGUCCCAUACAACCAAUAGCAUUCCCCCUGAGCCGUGGGCUGGCAAGAUGCUCCUGCAGAAGAAACCGACGGAGUCUCCACACUGCCGUUCUUGCCCUCCAUGCUGCCAGUACCCACUGGCCUCCCACUUGGAGAAGGCUCGCCUUUGAAUGAGCGCCUCCAAGGCCACAGCAUGUCCACAGCACCAAACAUUCAGAAUCACGGAGCGAAAGGUGGCCCACACCUGAGGAAGGGCAGGGGUCCACUCUGGCCAGCCUCAGAGCAGCUGUCCAGCAGCCGGCUCCUCGCCAGCGUUCCCUCCUCUUACCCAGGUUCUUCACCAUCAGAUCCUGCCUCAGCCAGCUAUGAGACUGUUGCUAGAGGAAGUGGGGGGGGGGUGCCCAGGUGAUGGGGGAGGAAUUCCAGGUGAUGAGGGAUGCAUUCUGACAAGCUGUUCACAGGCUGGGGCCUCUCCUUAUUGUCUGAGGCUUCGUUUUGGGCUAGAAAACGCUCUGUGGCCCUCAUGAAUGACUGCCUCUGGGGCCUUCUGUGCACAGCACAUGGUAGGUUCCAAAGGGCCUGGUCAGACCCAUUGAGACCCAGGACAGCGAGGUGUCCAGGGACUGCCACAGAUAGUCCCGACAGUGCUGUUGAGACUUGACGUGGGCAGGUGACACACAGAAGAGCUUCCUGCAUCCCUUCAGGAGAUGGAAUGCCCUCGCUCUCCUUGUCUCCUACAUAGAAACUGAAGCCCACGGCACGCUCCACAGGCCUGGGGGCUGAUGGUGUUGGCGUCCCAUCCCAGCUCCUCGGGCCCUGCUCUCAGCAGGCUCCCACCAGGAACGCUCCUCUCAAAGCCUCCGCGCCUCCCUUCUUUCAGGACACAGAUGUCUGGGGCCUCUGGGUGACAGCCGCGCAUCUCCCUGUCAUUUGUGCUGUGCCUCAGCAGAGCCGGGGCUGAGUAAAUCCUGUUGUGAGAAUGAAAUAUCACCAGGCUGUGUACGGCCUCCUGAUUUCCUGUUGCCGGUGGGCCUCGUGUCUGGAGAGCAGCAGAGUUGGGUUUUCCUUGGCAGAAGUUCUGACGGACGUUUCCUUAAUGUGACACGAUGACUUUGCAGGUAGGACCACCAAGAGCUCAGCACACAGCAGGCGGGAGCUGUGGGUGCGUUCGGGCCCUGAGGGCCUGCUUGCUGGCGUUAGCAAGGUCUUAGCAGGGGACGGAGCUGGGGACCAGUUCUCCAUCCAGGGACCCUUCUCUGGGAGAAAAGGGACACAAGGGUGCUGUGGGGUCUGCAACCUCUGUGACAACAAACAUGUCCAGCAAAAACGAGGUCCCAAAUCACUCUGCUCAGAGGCCAUGGCCAGGCGGGUGGGCAGGGACCCAGCAGCGGGGAGCAGUGACAAGGAGGUGGGGCCGUGGCCACCUGGGAGGACCUGUCGCCCCGUGCUCUCAAUCUGGGGAGCAUCUUAGGCAAUCCUGGCACCACAGAGAUUCUCACUUAGCAGUCUGGGGAGGGGUCCCAAGUGUGGUCUGCUAAGCCCCUUGCUAGGAGAGCGAAGGGGGCCGUGCGAUCUUCCUCUUUGUCCAGUGAGUCAGGGCUCCCUCGGCCCAUCUCUCUCCACACCGCGCCCCUCAGGUUGCCCUCUCCAGCAAGAGAGGUCCAGGUGAUGCCAGGCUGACUGGGCUCCACAGGCCUCAAGGGCAUCCUCAAGGUGGCCCACUGGGAGGGACUUAGGGGGCCAGUUCCGGGGGUAGGUGCCCAGCCCAGGGAUGGGUGUGGAAGAGGUCUGUGUGGGGCAUUUUCAGAACUCUGGUCAUGUCCAGCCUUCUCAUUCAACAUGGCUGGAGAGGUUACAGGAGCUUUUUCCCAUGUAAAGUAAGGUCCUCAGUCUGGUUGUCCCCAGCUCACAGCUGUCCCAGGCUCACACGUGGUGGCGGGGCUGGGGUUCACCCUGGGGCCUGUAUGCCAUGCUUCCAGCCUUCCAACUUUCUGAGGUUGAGCCGGAAACUGGGAGAUGCUGGAAGGGUGGCCUGGGGUGGACCAGGAGGGCAGGGAAGAGAGCAGGAGAAGGUGCUGGAAGGAGAAGGAAUGAAGGCCGACACAGGCUGGGGAAGAGCCUGCGAACUACACAGUGGGGUCCUUCUUACCUUUCCUGGUUUCUCAUUUUAUCUGUUUGUUUGCUUAUUUAUUUAGUUUUACUGAACGGGGACAAACACACAGAAUACAAAGCUCCAUGGCACAGAAGGGAAGGCAAUGGGAAGUAAGUGUCCUCCAGUUCCUCCCUUACCCUCUGUUAUUCUGAUUCAAAAUUCACUCCCAUUUACUACAACCAAGCCAAGCAGUGCCAAGUGUGGAGCCUCCUCUUCCCUGUCCUUGAACACUGGGUGUGUCCUCAGACCCUUUCUGUGGCCACGACCUAAACACACAUGGACCUGAACCAUUUUUACUGCACCCAGUGUCACCACAUCGCAGACAUCUUCCCUGGGCUUAGCAUCACCAGGAUCCCACGGGCUCUCCGUUCUCUUGAACAGCUGCUGCACAGCCAUCUCCUGUAGGUAACAAGCAAUUCAAGCACUCCCUUGUUGGUGGGGAGGGUGUAGCUCAAGUGGCAGAGUGCAUGCUUAGCAUGCACAGGGUCCUGGGAGCAAUCCCCAGUGCCUCCUCUAAAAAUAAAUAAAUGAAUAAACCUAAUUAC